AUGAAAGCGGCACAAAGUAGGCAAAAGAGUUAUGAAGAUCAACGAAGAAGACCGUUAGAGUUUAAAGUUGGUGACCACGUGUUCUUGAAGAUUUCACCUACGAAAGGAGUAAUGAGAUUCGGCCAAACUGGAAAACUAAUCCCAAGAUACAUCGAGUCAUGUGAAAUAUUAGAAAGAGUAUCUAAAGUGGCAUAUCGACUUGCCUUACCGACCGACUUGGAGAAAGUGCAUAACGUAUUUCACUUUUUAAUGUUGAGAAAAUAUGUUCCCGAUCCAAGCCAUGUGUUCACACAUGAACCUUUAUCGUUGCGAAACGAUCUUACGUACGAGGAAAAACCAAUUGAAAUUCUUGAUCGUAGAGAGAAACGCCUUAGAAACAAAAUGAUCCCGAUGGUUAAAGUCUUGUGGGCUAACCACUUGACAUCCGAGGCCACAUGGGAAGUCGAGGAUCAAUUUAAAUCUAAAUACCCUCAGUUGUUCGCUUAA